UCACGUGGAAAGAUUGCUCAACAAACAACAAGUACAAUCAAUGUUUUUUCGUUGUUUACGUUCUUUCCAAGCUAAAAAUGCCAAAAGAAGGAAAGUCAAAAGUACAUUGCAAGAAAGUUGUACACCCUAAUUCUAGAAAAGCUACAAAGUUGGCAAGACGAGCACACAGGGAUGAAAAACUACAACGGAAGAAGACUGAGAGAAACUAUCUUCUUCAGAUUAAAGUUGGUGAAAAGUUUAGAUGGUUUUUUGAGAAUGUAGAUGAAGAAAAGACACAAUACACCAGUUCUGAAGUGUGUACACUUAUUGAGAGCUAUUUACAUCGAUUUGAUCAGGAGCUUCAACAAAUCAAUGAACAAAACAGUAUUAAAGGACGACAAGGCAGAGCUCGUGCAUCAAGAGAAGACACGAUAAAAAAUGUUAUUGAACGAGAAAGAGAGCUUUAUAACACCUGUGGAAUAGGUAAGCUUUACCUGUACCAGCUACAUCUAGUAAUGGACUUCCUCUAACAUCAGUUAUGUAACUUGAGAAACACUUUCUCUCUUCACUUGUCUGCGUGACUGUGGUUCUGACAAUUCUUGCAAUCACAAGCUUAAACUGGCAUACAGUCAAAUUCCGUGAAAACCAAAAUCACAAGGAUGACUAAUUAAAAUGUCUAUAUUACAUGUAACAAGGUGACAAGGUGUCAAUUAAAACAAAUCUCUACAUGUAAAUUCUAAUUCCACCAGGAUGGAGGACGUGCAUGAAAACCAGCUAAGGCUGAUGUGGCUUCCUCUC